AUGGCCAGCUUCACUCUCAUCUUCACUCCUGCCACCACCGUCUACGGACGCUCUGGAUACAACAAGGAUGGCGACGACGAGGAGAACGACAAGGGCCGCUCCGGCUACAACAAGGACGGCAACGACGAUGAUGACGACCAGAACAAGGGCCGCUCUGGCUACAACAAGGAUGGUGACGAUGAGGAGGACAAAUAA